GUCAAAGUGUGCUGGUUCAAGGGGAUCGACGUCAGGCGCUCAAAGCAGUACAUCCGCACGUGACGCGGCUGUGAGCAAAGGUACACCUCAGCACGAUCCUGCACCUUAUUUUAGUUUUCCUGUGCCCUCCAACUCUCUCAGAAGAUUACUGAUUCAUGAUUAUUCAUCAAGCUGGCUUUAGUCGGACCUACUAGCUUCUUCAUUUCCUUUCGCAUUAAAUCUGAUUAAAUUGCACGAAGGUUCCGCUGGUCUCCGGCCACAAGAAGAGCCGAGUUUUGUGGAACAUAAUCCUGGGCAUUUGUCGCAUGGGCGGAACGGCUACUGGGAGAGGAGUAGUUUUGGCGGAUCCGAUGAGCAACUAAUAUCGCAUGGUUUCAACCAUCCCGAUUCACAGAAGCACAAUAGUUGCUCUUUUGCU